AUGAGUCCGCCGUUCCUGCUUACUAGCGAGGUCUGCAGCCGUCGCACUCAGCACUUCGACAAGAGCAAGUCGCCCAAGAACCCCACCACAAUAGCCAAGUCUCGCGACGAUAACAAGGCCGCCAUCAUCCGACGACUGCGCUCGCGCUUGGACCGCAAGACGCGCGGCGUCAGCGCCGAGACCGACGCGCGACUGCGCGCGCAAGUCGCCUUCUACGCCCAGCUGCGCAGCUCCAUCUUCGUCAACGGCGACUCGCUCGGCGUUACGGCCCUCGGCAAUGUGGCCGUGGCCGUGCUGGCCGACGACACGCACGCAGUCACUACGAUGGACACGGGGCCCGCGCCCGCGCCCGACCUCUUCGCUGCUCAAGCUGUUCCUGCGCCCGCGACCAAGCGUCCGGCCGCUUCGGGCGCCGAUCACCAGGAGGCCCCCGCCGCCAAGAAGCAGCGCAAGAGCUCGCGCACCCCGCAGUACAUGUUCGACUUGCCGGACACCUUCCCCCGCGACGUUCAGCUGGUCAAGGCCGCCGCCAAGCAGGGCAAGACCCCGCCGCGAGCAGCGUACCCCAUGGGCCGGGCAGCGCGCCUGCUCUACCUGAUGCACUGGCGCUACUACAUGCGCCACCGUGACACGUUCUUCGACUGUGCGCUGUACGCGCCAACGGACAACUCGGAAGCUCGCCGCCGCGACAAGCUCAACGCGAACCAAGGCCGCCUCGUGCUGGUGAGUGCAUACUUCUGCCUCUUCGGCUGGUACGGGUUCCUCGACCGCUUCGAGAACACCGUUCACGACAAUCUCAUGUGGCUCGGAGGCAAGGCCGCCAAGCGUUCCGUGUCGGCCAAGGGCAAGGCCAGCUCGGCGACGGACCUCGUCACGCUGUGGCGCCACGUCCGUUACCGCUACGACAGCCUGAUGGCUCGCAUCCUGGAUCCGUGCCGCGUCGAAGAAGACGGUUAUCAGAGCAUCCGUGAGCUGCUGGAGCAGACGGAGGCUUUGGACCCGACUCGUCCCCCGCACCUUCGACUCAGUGACGAAGCUCUGGCUCGCGUUGCGCUCGACGCGGGCCGCAAGCCUCCUAACCCGGUCUGGGUCGGCAACAAGAGCAGCGGUAUCUGGAAGACGCUGCUGACGAACAGCCGGACCCGCGCGCUCCAGGUCAAGAUCGCCAAGCAGCUCAAGGAGGGCACGUACUGGAUCAUGGACUUGAAGCCGUUCCAGCGCACGGAGCAGGGCUACAACGACUCGGUCUACGCCAACAACGACGGCACGUUCACCGUGCAGCCGCCGUCUCCGCCCGUCGACGAGGAGCUCGAAGACGUCGAAGACGACGAGUCCGAGGAGAAGCCGUCCACGCCGAGCCCCACCGAAGAAGACGAGCCCGACGACCAAGAGCAGGACGACGCCGAUCAAGACGACAAAGCCGAAGACGACGAAGGCGGCCGCAGCUCGGACACCCACGACGCUCUCGAAGACGACAAGAAGAGCAGAUCCGGCGACGACAAGGGCGGCUCGUCGGCCAAGGGCAACUCCAAAAAGAAGAGCUUCGACUCUUCGAGCUCCAAGUAG